UAAAAGAAUAAAAGAAAAGAAUAGUGUGGUAUAGUUUAUAUAAGUGUGUAUGAAACCAUUCAUGAACAUGUUUUGUGUAAAAACAAAAGCAGGUGGGUCAAAUGAUCAGGUUCGUUGAUAGAGAGCCUCUUAUCUGAAAUGAUACGAACGAGGAAGUCUCUAUCACACGGCAAUGGAGAACUCGCAAGCAGCACUUCUGACGCUGGGGUUCCUGCUGUUUCUAAAAGGAUGUGAAACUUUGGCAUCAGAACGCAGUACAAACCUCGCUGUGGGUGUUGGAGAGGAUGUGCAGCUGAAGAUUAAUCCACCUGUAGCUGUAUUUUCAGUGAGCUGGUAUUUCGGAUCUACAGGCGUAGUUAUUGUGACAUGGAACGGUAUCUCUGAGACUGUAUCAAUACCGUAUCAGGGUAGAGUCGAGCUGAAUAAAAACACAGGAACACUGACGCUCAAAAAUGUAAGCCGAAGUGACUCUGGAGAUUAUGUGUAUCAGGCUGUAAGCACUGCAACAGGAUCUGCAGUACAAUAUAAUGGAAACAUUGCCUUGACUGUUUAUCAACCUGUCUCCCAACCCACAGUCCGCUCCAAUGUGACUGAUCCAGUGGAGUUCAAUGACACUGUCAGUUUGACCUGUACAGCCUCUGGCUCUGCCGUCUUCUACAGAUGGUUCAAUGGCAGCUCUGUGGUUAGUGACAGUGAGCGGAUUCACCUGAGUGAUGACAAUAAAACACUGACCAUACCCAGGGUGUUGAGAUCUGAUGAUGGGACCCUGUAUUGCUAUGCGUUUAACCCUGUCAGUAACAGCACCAGCGAGCCGUUUCAUCUCAUUGUGAGCUAUGGACCAGAAUCCAUCACUCUGUCUAUCAGCCCCCAAAAGCCGAUCUAUAGUGCGGGAUCAGACCUCACUCUGUCCUGCUCUGCACAGUCCAGCCCACCUGCUCACUACCAAUGGUUCUUUAAUGGAGCCCCUCUUAACAAACUGGGCUCACAGUUGAAUAUGGCUCACAUUCAACACAAUCAGACUGGAAACUAUACCUGCUGGGCUUAUAAUAAUAUAACCCUCAGAUAUGCUAAGGAAACAAGAGAGAUUAUUGUUGUGGAGCCAAUAACUAAUGUAAAUGUGAAACCCAGCCUUGCACAGCCAAUAGCAAACCAGACUCUAAACCUGACCUGCGAGGUGCUUGGAUCACAGACUGUUUCCUCAAGGCUCUGGCUGAAGGACGGUCAGCCCUUGUCCACUAGUGACAGAAUAACAUUGUCUGUGGACAACAGCACAGUCUCCUUCAACCCAGUGCUGCAGUCUGAUAAUGGAGAAUAUCAGUGUAAAGCUAGUAACCCUGUAAGUGAAGUGACGAGCGCUGGAUACAGAUUGGAGGUCAAUUAUAAAGAAGAGCUCACAGGUUUGGGGUCCUUGUCUUCAGGAGAGAUCGCUGGAAUUGUCAUCGGCACACUUGCAGGGGUCACUGGCGUUGCUCUUGGGGUGUAUUUCAGUGUAAAGCUAUGCAGGAACAAUCCACAUGAUCUCAGACCUGGUCCAGCUCAAAGCAGUCCAGGUGCUGUCACUUAUGAAAACUUCAAGGGGCCGAGUGCAUCAGCAACGUAUGAGAACACCACUGCUAUCCGGAGAGCAGGAGAAGCAAAAAACCCGGACAGCACAUACACAGGCUUACAGUUUCCUGAUCAGUCCACAUACAGCACCUUGAACAGACCCUGAUUCAGGAAACAUCACAACAGCCGUACAGCCUGUGACCUCAAGAGUAUUUCUGAAAGCUCUUAUUUAAAUAUUUCUAGUACUUCUGCUUCCUGCACCUAAUGACUGUUUCUGUUGUAUUUUUAUAAACACACACACUGACACACACACACACACACACACACUGAUUUGCUGUUUAAAAGCUCUUAUUAAUAAGUAUGUAUUAAGAAAAAAAACUAAUGAAUUGUAAAAAUUCUACUUCUGUAAAAGUUGUGUUACAGUGCAAUAACAUUGUAAUAAGCAGUGCCGUAUAUUAUAUUCAUGUGCUCCAGAAACGAGGGUCUCUCUUCAUUCACAUUGAAAUGCUGAACAGCCACAGCUGAGAUAAGGGCGGGUUCCACCAGUUCUCAUCCUCCAAGGUUAUCAUCGCCUGUGAUUGGAAGAGAUUGGAUCUGUGUAACCAACAGCAUCAUGACAUCACCAUGAUGCUUUUCAUAUUGUGGGAUAUAGCGACACCUAGUGGCGGAGAGAAUAUAUACUUCUAUACACUGGAAAUACUCGAAGCCUAAAACACCUGCACCAUACAAACGUUAACUUGUGUCAGUCCAUUUACACAGUGCAGUGAAACCCUUGCAAUGUGAUCAUGAUACAGUUAAAAUGAUAUUGCUGCUCUAGAAAGAGUGCAAAAAAAAGAGCGACCAGAAUUAUUCCUGGUUUAAAAGGCAUGUCGUAUGCAGACAGGCUUAAAAAAUUGAAUCAAUUCAGUCUUGAACAAAGAAAACUACGCGGUGAUCCAUUUCAAGCAUUCAAAAUUCUAAAGGGUAUUGACCAUGGUGACCCAGGGGACUUUUUCGACCUGAAAAAAUUAACAAGGACCAGGGAUCACAAAUAGAGAUUAGAUAAAGGUGCAUUCGGAACAGAAAAUAGGAGGCACUUUUUUACACAGAGAAUUGUGAGGGUCUGGAACCAACUCCCCAGUAAUGUUGUUGAAGCUGACAACCUGGGAUCCUUCAAGAAGCUGCUUGAUGAGAUUCUGGGAUCAAUAGGCUACUAACAACCAAACGAGCAAGAUGGGCUGAAUGGGGCCUCCUCUCGUUUGUAAACUUUCUUAUGUCUGUACACUUAUUUUAGUCAAAUAAAGAGUCUAAUUCAAUAAACUGUUAAAAAAAAUGUGUAACAGGAGAAGGGGGUGCAAUUUGUAAUUACAACAUGCGGCCGUUUCAAUUUCGUAACACGGGAAGUGAUUGUGAAAGUGUUGUGUAAACUGUGCAAUAAAAGGCAAGUCAAGACAAUAUUUAAACAGAUAUGGGGAAAAAAAAGUUAAUUUUAUUAUUACAAUAAUGCUCCUGCAUUAGACUCAAAAAUAAUUAUACUUACCCUGACUUAAUUGUCGAAGGACAAUUAAGUCAGGGUAAGUAUAAUUUUUAAUUGCUAAAAGGUAGCCAAACUACGCCACCUGGUGGAAUAUACGGGCACCAGGUCCCGAAAUUUUAAUAUACUUUCGUGAUUAAAUCCAAUACUUAAUAAACUUUUAUCCAAAUCCUUCUUUGCAGGUUCUUUUUUUUUUUUUAUCCCAGGACCACACAACACACUCCACACAAGAUACAAUUAUAAAUAGGCUUUAUUUAGUACAAAAAAAUCUUUAAAAUAUAAAACCUUCAGUCACAACAUACAGUAUUAUUCCUUUUUCUUGCUCAUCUGGUUAACACAGGAUAGCAUGCUUAGUACACAUUUUAAAACUCAUCAUUCAAUAACGAGGGUAUAGCAACUAAAAAGAUAAGAUCAGUAUUUGGCAAAACA